CCACUCAAGCAAUAGCGGACUGCACAUACUCCAGGAGACCUCACAAAGCAGUUUAGCCAGUGUCCCUACGACCACCAACGGGAGUAGCUCUAAGGUUCCAACUGCGAAGGCCUUUUAAGGAGGUGGAGAGACGCCAAGCCCUGCCCUUGACUCCGACUGGCCACGCCUUUUCCGUCGGGAUCUGGAUGGCGGUGACAGUGACUCUGGAGCCGGCCGGCCGCUGCCGCUGGGACGAGCCCGUGCGCAUCGCCGUGCGCGGCCUGGCGCCGGGGCAGCCGGUCACGCUGCGCGCGUCCCUGCGCGACGAGAAGGGCGCGCUCUUCAGGGCCCACGCGCGCUACUGCGCCGACGCCGCCGGCCUGCUGGACUUGGAGCGCGCGCGCGCGCUGGGCGGCAGCUUCGCGGGGCUCGAGCCCAUGGGGCUCUUCUGGGCUCUGGAGCCCAGGAAGCCGUUUAAUGGCGAUCUGGUGAAGCGGGAUGUGCAGACGCCCUUCGCCGUGGAGCUGGAGGUGCUCGACGGUCACGAACCCGAGGCCCAGCGGCUUCUGGGCCGGGCGGUGCACGAGCGCGACUUCCUGGCGCCCGGGGUGCGGCGCGAGCCGGUGCGCGCGGGCCGGGUGCGCGGCACGCUCUUCCUGCCGCCAGGCAGCAAACCCUUCCCUGGAAUCCUCGACCUGUUUGGAAGUAGUGGUGGCCUUUGUGAAUACAGGGCCAGCCUUCUGGCCGGACAUGGUUUUGCUGUGCUUGCCCUGGCUUAUUUCAGAUUCGAAGACCUCCCUGAACAUCUGAAUGAUGUGUGCCUGGAGUAUUUUGAAGAAGCCGUGGACUUCAUGCUACAGCAUCCAAAGGUGAAAGGCCCUGGUGUUGGGCUUCUUGGCUAUUCCAAAGGAGGUGACCUGUGUCUCUCAAUGGCCUCUUUCUUGAAGGGCAUCACAGCCACUGUAGUUAUUAAUGCCUGUGUGGCCAACACAUUAGCUCCUCUACGUUACAAAGAUAUGAUUAUUCCUGAGCUCAGCUAUGACCUAAAAAAAUAUACAAUCACUGAGUCAGGCUUUUUAAAUUUUGUGGAUAUUUGGGGCAACCCACUGGAGAAAACCAACCACCAAAGUCUUAUUCCAUUGGAAAAGGCCCAGGGGCCCUUCCUGUUUAUUGUUAGCAUGGAUGAUCAUAACUGGAAGAGUGAAGUCUAUGCUCGUAUAGCCUCUGAACGGUUACAAGCCCAUGGGAAAGACAGACCCCAGAUAAUCUACUAUCCAGGAACUGGCCAUUGUAUUGACCCACCUUAUUUUCCUCUUUGUAGAGCCUCUGUGCAUGCAGUUUUGGGCCAACCAGUAUUCCAAGGAGGUGAGCCAAAGGCUCACUCAAAUGCACAAGCCGAUGCCUGGCAGCAAAUUCAAACUUUCUUCCAUAAACAUCUCAAUGGUAAAAAAUCUGUCAGGCCCAGCAAAUUGUAACACUGUAAUCAUAGACCAUAUAUUAAUAAAAAUCCUGGACUUCCCUGGUAGUCCAGUGGUUAAGACUCUGCCGGGCACAUGGUUUCAAUCUCUGGUCCAGGAAGGUUCCACAUGCUACAUACAGUACAGCUAAGCCCAUGUGCCACAACUCCUGAAGCCCAAACACUCUUGAGCCCAUGCUCUGCAACAAGAGAAAGUACCACAAAUGAGAAGCCUGUGCACCCCAACUAGACAGUAGCCCCACAACUAGAGAAAGCCUGUGUGCGGCAAUGAAGACCUCGCACAGCCAAAAAUAAGAAUAUAAAUUUAAAAUAAAUAAAACCAAUGGUAUUAAAAAAAAAUCCUAUCCAUACAACAUGUGUUGGGUUUUUUAGAGCACCUAGCAAACAUUUUGUAACAAAGCAACCAUCUCCAACUCCUUGUCAGGUCCUAUCAGCCCUAGCAACCCAACUUUCUUCAUUGGUGGGUCCAUCCCUUUCUCCCCUGAACUUUUCCCAGUGUAUAUAGGCUAAACCCUGAUCUUAUCUGUAGGAACAAUCUUAAGCAGGAAAAAUAUAAGAAUUGCCUGCCCAAGUCUCAACUGCUGGCCUAGAUUUGACCUUGAGUUCUGCUUCUGAAGUCAGCUUUUGUUCUACUGAGAGUCCCAUACACUCUUUGGGCCCUAACUGACCAUAUCUGGCUCCCUGGUGAUUCAGACAGUAAAGAGUCUGCCUGCAAUGUGAGAGACCCAGGUUCAAUCCCUGAGUCAGAUAUAUCCCCUGGAGAAGGAAAGGGCAACCCACUCCAGUAUUUUUGCCCGGAAAAUCCAUGGACAGAGGAGCCUAGUGGGCUACAAUGCAUGGGGUCACAAAGAGUUGGAUAUGACUGAGCGACAACACUUUUUGACCAUAUCUGAAGCUUGGGAACCUGCCCACUGAAGUCCUUUAAGGAAUGGACUCUGCUUCAUUCUUGUCUCUGAACCACACUCUGAGGUUUGGGAGCAUCAACAUACUUAAUAUCUUAAGUUUUGCUUUUAUUUUAUGAAUGCAGAGUUUUGCCUUUAUGACCGAGAACCUAGACUUCAAUCUCUUCCUUACUGAGAAAGAAUCCUUUACAAGUUUUGAAUUUAAAAUUCAAAGGAUACUUUACAAAAUAAAAUUGAAUCCUUUA